AAGUAAAUUGAAGACCUAUUGGGUUUCCACUAGGUACCACAGCAACAAAGUCAAAAUUGGGUAUAUCGUAUCAAUUCAUGAAAUAAAAAUUAACUUCAUGGUUAGGAAUUAGGUUAGCAGUGUGGUUAAGGUUUGCUUUAAAAUACAAUUUUAAGAAGAUCAAUUGCAGAAAUAGGCGGGGUUUAUGACUUUGUGCUUGUGGUAACUAGUGACGACCGAACCACUGUAGCAGGAGCUUCCGGUUUAUCGGUUGAUGGAGCAGAAAUGAAAUCGUUGUUUGGAAACAUCAUGUACUAAGUAUUCAUCUAAAUCGUAUGGAGAUUGAAUAAUAAGAAGGCCGUAGCCAUGAGUUCAACCUGUCCGGGACAUUAUUGUGGCAAGAUGUUGAUAAAUGGCUCAUUUGAUGGAGAAUGUGGGUUGAAUUAUCAGGUAUGUCCCAGAGGAGAGAAGACAAACAUGCAGAAGAUCUGUGAGAAGUGUACAGAAUCCCCUGAACUUUAUGACUGGCUGUACCUGGGCUUCAUGGCAAUGCUGCCACUGGUUCUACACUGGUUCUUCAUCGAGUGGUACUUUGGGAAGAAAAGCUCCAGUGCCCUCUUCCAACACAUCACAGCCCUGUUUGAGUGCAGCGCUGCGGCUAUGGUGACUCUGCUGGUCAACGACCCAGUGGGUCUGCUGUCUAUCAGGUCCUGCAGAGUACAGAUGCUUUCAGACUGGUACACCAUGCUGUACAACCCCAGCCCAGACUACAUCACCACUCUACACUGCACACAGGAAGCUGUCUUUCCCCUGUACACUAUAGUGUUGAUCUACUACGCCUUCUGCCUGGUGUUCAUGAUGCUGCUGCGUCCACUUCUGGUCAAGAAGAUCGCCUGUGGUCUGGGGAAAUCUGACCGCUUCAAGAGCAUCUACGCUGCUCUCUACUUCUUCCCUAUCCUGACAGUCCUGCAAGCUGUGGGAGGCGGCCUGCUCUAUUAUGCUUUUCCAUACAUUAUUUUGGUGUUGUCCCUGGUUACCCUGGCAGUGUACAUGUCAGCCUCAGAAAUACAGUCUUUCAAGAAUCUCGCUGCCAAGAAGAAGAGGUUGGUGGUGCUCUUCAGCCAUUGGCUCCUUCACGCGUAUGGCAUCAUCUCCAUCUCCCGAUUGGAUAAACUGGAGCAGGACCUACCUCUAUUGGCCCUGGUACCUGGACCCGCCCUUUUCUACCUGCUCACUGCCAGGUUCACUGAACCUUGCCGGAUUCUGUCAGAAGGUGGCAACGGCCACUAGAACUAUUAUAGAUGGAUGUGGGUAUUAAAGUUAGACUCAGGGAAUUGAUGUUGCCACGAGCAGCACCGCAGAUAUUGAGAUGAGCGUGACGCAAGAUUUCGGUCACACGCCUUCUGUGCAUGUUCAGGGGUACACUUCACCCUCUUACAGCAUGGGAGACGCUGGACCAAAACAGUGGAGAAGUUGAGCUUUGUGCAUCAACGCUCUUAGUUGUUGCGGAAAUUUACCCACUUUGCUGUUUACUUUCUGCGUCUAUGUGAUAUUGCUGAGUCUACCUUUAAUGUCCACCUGUCUAUCAAUUCAGGAGGUGUUGUCCAUGGAGAUAUAUGGAUGCUAGCCUUUACUGCCUUCUCUGAGUAUGGUAGAAGGAUGACUGCUGCAUGCAGUGUUGAUAGUUGAUAUUCCUCUCACAGUGAAAAGGAAGAUUUUAUGAUAUUCCUAGAACUAAGGUGGGAAUACAAACAACAUGUCUACAUACUGUAUGUCUAUAAAUUACAAAGCUCCAUAUAUUUAAAGUGUUAAUUAUUGAAUGGUAUUGUUUGUGUCCACAUGAAUGUUGUCUUUACAACCUAAGGCCUAAGAUGUACUGUUCCUCAUUGAGGCUGUUUUGAGAAGUGUUUUGUAUAUAGAUAUUCACUCUGUCAUAUUAUUUUGGGCUCCUGAGUGGCUCAGCAAUCUAAGGCACUGCAUCUCAGUACUAGAGGCAUCACUACAGACUCUGGUUCGAUCCUGGGCUGCAUCACAACCGGCC